AUGGGGAACAGUGCAAGUGGCGGCGAUGGCGCAGCGACCUCGCUCCUGGACGCAGCCACGACGUCGGCCUUGGAGAAGAUCGUGAGCGCGCAGCCGUACAUGAUGAGCGACGACGUCUGGACGCGCUUCUUCGCGAUGGACCAAGCGCUGCUUACGCUGCCCAAGGCGACGCUCGCGGCCUUCCUACGGCCCUACACGCAUGCGCUCG